GGGGAGUUGUGCCGAUCGUCAUCGAAGCCCUCCUUUUCGAUCUGUCAUCGAAAUCGGCUUCAGUCGUGACCGUCACAGCGAAAUUCUCGAUAGACCGUCGGUGUUCCGGGCUGCGGGCGCCGAUGAUGCCGUAGCGCGUCGGAGCGCCGAGCGUCAGGGGGCGAAAUGAAGGCGAAACGAUGAGUCUGGACUAUAAAUUUUCAGUGGAUCGGGUGAUCAAAGAGGGGCGCACGACGCGCGACAACAUCGACGCGAUCGGCGAGUGGCUGCUGGCCCAAUCGGUCGUGCCGCACGGCGUCCAGGACGAGCUGAUCGUUCUGUUCCUGACGUGCCUGGACAACGAUAUCGAAUUGUGCAAGAAUUCGAUCGUCGCCUAUUACAAGUUGAGGAAGAACGCGCCGGACAUGUUCGACGAGAGGAACGUGCUGAAGGACGACGUCGUCCUGGCCUUGAAUACCAUGACAAUGAUCCUCAUACCGACGAGGACCUCGACCAACGACGUCAUACUCCUGUUCAAAUUGAAGGAUUACAACUACAAGAACUUCAACGCCGUCAGUACCAUGAAGUUGUGUUUCAUGAUUAUGGAUUUGACCUAUCACGGGAAUCCCCCGAACGGUUUACUGUUGAUCGUGGACACCGAGAAGUUCGGUUACAAGCACAUGUCUCGAUUGAAGAUGGACACGCUGAAGAAGUUCUUCACGUUCGUCCAGGAGGCGCUGCCGUUGAAACUCACCGGCUUCCAUUUCCUCAACUCGAACUUCGUGCUGAGGACGCUGUGGUCGAUGAUCAAGGUGUUCAUCAAGGACGAUAUAUUGAACAAGUUUUUUUUGCACGAGCCGAACGCGAACCCGGAGCAACUGUUCAGGUACAUACCGAAGAAGUGCCUGCCGAAGGACUAUGGCGGAGACUUGGCGAGCGUCGCCAUCCUGCAGGACAUCACGCUGUUGAGGCUGAAAGCGAAUCAGGAGUUUUGGAUAAAGGAGGAAGCCAUUAGGAAGCGAUAUUAGCCGUUCAACUGAAGUAAAUGUGAUUUGCUCGAUAGAAUAUCAAUGAGAAAAUAAUAGCGACGUCGGCGUCGUGACGCCUCGCUAGUCGCCAAAUGAAUAAUCUCUUUGAAUCUCUUAUCGUACGAAAUUAAUUAGGUAAUAUAGAUACAUAUAUAAUUUAAUUUAUCUGCGAUAAUGUUAAAUGUUUGAGAGGAUAUGGAUAUUUACACCGUAGAUAUUAUAGAUAUAGGUUUUUACUUGCCCCCUCUAUUAAUUUAGACAUUCAUAUUUAUGCAUUUAUCGACGUAUUGACGAUUAAAAUUUUGUAUUUGAA